AUGGAGACGGGGUCUGUGGCUGCAGCUACGGUGGAGGAGGGGUCGACGGCGGGGCCGCAGGCGGGGGGCGCCGAGAUCGCCUUCUUCGACCUGGAGACGUCGGUGCCGCAGCGGGCCGGGCAGGGCUACGCGCUGCUCGAGUUCGGGGCCAUCCUGGUGUGCCCGCGCCGCCUCGUCGAGGUCGCCUGCUACGCCACGCUCGUGCGCCCCGCCGACCUCGGCGUCGUCUCCGCCGCCUCCGUGCGCUGCAACGGCAUCACGCGUGACGCCGUCGCUGCCGCGCCGUGCUUCCGCGACGUCGCCGACAAGGUCUACGACCUCCUGCACGGGAGGGUUUGGGCCGGGCACAACAUCGUGAGGUUUGAUGUGCCAAGAAUAAGGGAAGCGUUCACCGAGAUUGGCCGGACACCUCCGGAGCCGAAAGGGAUGAUCGACACACUACCUCUGCUUACCCAGCGGUUUGGGAGGAGAGCAGGAGACAUGAAGAUGGCAAGCUUGGCAAAUUACUUCGGUCUAGGGAGGCAAAAGCACAGGAGCCUGGAUGAUGUCAGGAUGAACCUUGAAGUUCUCAAAUAUUGUGCUACAGUGUUGUUCCUGGAGGCAAGUUUUCCGGAAGUGCUUAUUGUUGAGAACCUUGUGGGUGCAAUUACAAGAAGCAAAACUGAUGGAGCUACUUCUCCUGAGGUGAAGAAUCUUGAAGCAAACACAUCACCUGAUUCUUUGAAACGACAACGUACUGUUUCUCAAGUCAAUGGUUUGACUACAGAUCAAGAUAAUCAAGAAUCAGUUGAUCCUGCAAUGAACGGGGAAUCCAGUGACUUGAUAUCCCACAUGGAGGAGAUGAAAUUAGAUGCUUCUGUGCAGAUGGAUGCGAGUUUCAGUGGUCAUUCUGGGUUCCUCGAGCCAGAUGAUGUAUCAACUGAGUGCAUCAAGAUUUUUACUACCCCUUCUUACCAAUUUAAUCGGAGAACAUUGAUCAAGCACAAAGAUAGUCCACUACACCUUUGCUGCGCUGGCUUGAAAGUCCAGUUUGGAGUUGGUACAAAGUUCCUAGACACUGCAGGUCGUCCAAAGUUGAACAUGGUGGUUCAUAUCCCUGAGAAUCUAAGCAAAGUUCUAGAAUUCUGUGAUAAUCAGGCCCAGAGAUUUUUUCAAGAGUCUGGUACCACUUCCGAGUGGAGAACCCUGAUAAAGAAGUACGGUUAUGUGAAUCGUCCAACUGUUCGCCUCAACAUCCCUACCACUCCCAGCAGCGGUGCUUCGCCCUACUCGACAGACAUAUACCAGAAAGAGCCCAGCGGCAACAUUCAGAAGCUUGCUUUUAGCAAGGUAGAUGCCGCGGAACUGGACUCCCUGUUUGUUCGGGGGAACAGGCUGGAUGCGUUCUUCUCGCUGGAAAUAUAUGACUACCAGCAAAAUGCUGGCAUCCGGUUGGUCGCAAAGAGGCUGGUUGUACACUCCAAGUAG